UUGCGCAGGCAGACCCUCGCACUUUUUUUCUUUUUUUUUUUCUUCCAAAUUUUGAAUGGAAAUUCAUACUCCUUCGAUUUUUGAUUCCAAACUAUAAUUCAUCACAGAAAUUCUCCUUUCUUUUCAAAGCAGUUUCUGUUUCGCUACUUUCUUACACGUUGCACACAGUCUCUCGAACGCUUCAAACACGAUAACCCAGAAAACCAAGAACAAGCGUCGGUCAAUGUAACUGUAUCUUAUUGUAUUUAUAGAUCUGCGAUGGGGUUGGCCUUUGGUGUUGUAGAGGUUUUGGAAUUGUAGAGGAAUAAUGAGUGAAGCUACGGAAUCAUCCCAUGGUCGGAGUUCUAGGGAAUUAUUCUGCCACGCGGGCGCCGGCGCAGCUGCAGGUGCGAUUGCGGCGACUUUUACGUGCCCAUUGGAUGUGAUAAAGACGAGGCUACAAGUCCAUGGCUUACCUGAAGCUCCGGACUCUGGUCGCAGAGGUAGUAUCAUUAUCUCGAGCCUACAGAACAUAGUAAGGACUGAAGGCUUCAGGGGAAUGUAUCGUGGACUCUCUCCAACGUUAUUAGCGCUCCUUCCGAACUGGGCAGUGUAUUUUGCUGUCUAUGAGCAACUAAAAGGCCUACUUUCACAUGGUGAUGGCAAUGGUCAACUCACAAUUGGUGCUAAUAUGGUAGCUGCUGCAGGGGCUGGAGCUGCAACUUCUAUUGUAACAAAUCCAUUAUGGGUUGUAAAGACCAGACUGCAAACGCAAGGGAUGAGGCUGGGUGUGGUUCCUUACAAAGGUAUAUUUUCUGCUUUGAGAAGAAUUGCACACGAGGAAGGCAUACGAGGACUCUAUAGUGGCAUUCUUCCUUCAUUGGCUGGGGUAAGCCAUGUUACAAUUCAGUUUCCUGCAUAUGAGAAGAUCAAAUCUUAUAUGGCCAAGAUGGAGAAUACCACUGUCGAUAAUCUGAGUCCUGGAGAUGUCGCAAUUGCUUCCUCUGUAGCCAAAGUACUUGCAUCUUUGUUGACAUACCCACACGAGGUUGUGCGUUCAAGACUUCAAGAGCAAGGAUAUGUCAGACAUCAUGAUGCUCACUAUGCUGGGGUUGUUGACUGCAUUAAGAAGGUGUUCCGUAAGGAAGGUUUUCCUGGCUUUUACCGUGGUUGUGCAACUAAUCUGUUGAGAACAACUCCCUCUGCCGCUAUUACAUUUACUAGUUAUGAGAUGAUACAUAGGUUUCUGGGUCGUAUUAUACUACGAGAUACGAAGCAUUCAAAUCCCCAGCCUGAAGCUGAUGGCCUUGCGAAGCCUCAGCAGGAAAACGUUUGCACUAAGGAGGGGAACAACACUGUUUUGCCGCAAUCACAAACUCAAUCAAGUAAUAUAACCCACCCAAUCUCUCUUGGAAGCAAAGAAGGGCUAUCUCCAGGAAAUUGAUUGGUUAUUGUUCUUAUUUCCUUCCAUUAAUUUAUUUUGGCCCAUCUCCCAAUUAUAUGGGAUAAUUUUCCAUAAAGUAGAAUUAUGAUUCUCCAAUGUUAUAGCUAAUAAAGGUGUGUGUAUCAUCUUCUUGAAUAUGAUUCUUUUUGCCUUACUGCCCAC